CACGGACGAGCUUCAUCGCUUUUUGGCAUCUCGACAUUGGUUUUUUAACAGCGGAAAUCAUUUGGCAUAUACGAAUACUCUUUCGAGACGUUGAGGACAGAAAGUUAAAGGAUACUGGAGUGCCUCAGGAACAUUAGAAAUUGGCCGCGGUGUCCCACGUUAAAGAAGCCAGAAACGAAUGGCUCUAUCUCAGUCUGACCACCCAUCGCCGAGCACUUGUGUAUAUAUACGACAACCAGUAAAAAGUUGCGUCGUUCGGCAAGCUCUGCCAUGUACUAUUGGCGGAGCCACCAAUGGCACCUCAGUCUCUAGCACAAGACAGGAAGUGGUUCUUGUAAAGGACAAUGUCUUAGAGCUGAUGAUAUUUGAUGCGAUGCACGAUCCGGUGUCUCUGAGAUCAGUUGCAGAACAACAUGUGUUUGGGCAAAUCAAAGAUGUCAAGCUUUUGAAACUCCCGAGACGAGCGAACAACUUACAAAGUGUGCAUAUGGAAACGGAUGAGGACGUCUCUGUAGAUUGUCUGGCUUGCCUCUCAGACUCGGGAUAUCUCACUUUUGUGUCAUUUCAAUACGAUGUGCGGGAGGAUGCGUUGAUUCCUGACUACAGCUCAGGGAGAUUCGUUCGAGUUUCUGAGGUUUCUAUAGCCCCACCCGGAUUGGACUACAAAGACUUGGGUCAUACACUGGCAGUUGACCCUCUAUCCCGCGCCAUUGCUGUGACUGCCUUUGAGGGCAUAUUACGUGUAUGGCCAGUGUCAAAUGCCGCAGCUACCAUUGUAUCCAAUGAGGAGUGCGCGACGUUGCACGAAGAAGGAAUCCUGUGGCAGAUAGCAUUCUUAUACCCUCCGGAAAAUGAAUCUGAUCUCGUGCAGUUUGUCGUUGCGAAAAACAUAGAUGGAAAUCUAACAAUUGUGGUUUACGAAUAUCGACGGAACCAGCCGCUUGAGGAAAUGAAAAGGUGGGCUCCGCACGUGAUCACACAAGAUGUGGUUCCGUUGCACAUGUUUGCUCUGUCUGAAAUUCCCGGAAGUUUCAUACUAAUUACGGACGGUGACAUGCAUUUUGUGCGUGCUGCAGAUGAUCGCUUGGAAGUGCUAGAGCUACCUCCGCUACGAAGCUCAUCUGAAAGACCAGAGCGGCAAGUUGUGGUUGCAGCCAGCAUAUCCCCAGCCCGCGAUUGCUUGAGCGCAGAAAAACAAUCACUGCGCCAGUCAUUGCACCAAACUUUGUAUUUGGCAACCGAACAGAAGCACCUUUUCCGCAUGCAGGUUACAGCGGAGCCCAUGGCUGUCACUUAUCAGUACCUCACAGAAACGAAGACAAGUGCCAGGGCGCUCGCGGUGCUUCAUUCGGACGCGCACGUGGAGUACAAUGCUCUUUUUGGAGACUUCUGCGACGGAGAGAUCAUGACGGUGGACGCGAACAUGGUGAUUACUACCGAAAUGCCUAUUCGCAAUUGGGCUCCUGUUCUGGACUUCAACCUUGCGGAUCUGCACCGUGAAGGGCAUGACACGAUAGUCCUCACUAGCGGAGCCGGAGCCCAUGGGAGUGUGCGAGAGAUACGGAACGGAAUCGGUGUGACGGUUCAUGCGUCGGAGCGCGACACCAUACAUGGGGCUAACGGACUCUGGAGCUUGAAACGCCGAGUAGAAGACGAUUCUGAUGCGUUCCUCGUGUUGUCAUUUGUACAUGAGACACGAAUAAUGUCUUUGGAAGGGGCGGAACUGGAAGAUGUCGGAACCGAAAACCACGGCUUCGACACGACUGUGAGCACGAUUAAAGCCGCUUCCCUAAAUUAUCCCGGCCUUUAUGUUCAAAUCCACCCAGAGGCUGUGAAAGUGGCGGAACUAGGGUCCGGAAAAGACAUUGGUGGAAAAUGGAUGGCUCCACCUGGCGACAAUAUAGCGCUGGGUGCCGUCUCGGAUGAUCUAGUGGUUGUCUGCCUCGCGCGGACGAAUACGAUCGUUCUUUUACAGGUUACCAUGGAUGAGGAUCGGAAGGAAGUACGGUUCAAUGAAAUGGGACAACGAAAGCUAGACACGACCCCCUCUUGCUUGUACUGCCCUUCAUCAGCCGUUCAACGUUUAUGCAGAGAGAAAUCGACAGGUCCGCUCUUCAUGGUAGGAACCUUCGAACCGUCGCUGCUCAUUUUAUCACUGUGUGAAGCGACACCGUUGGCACAGUUACACAAACAUACAUUGGUCGCCACUAUGACCUCGGAAAGCAUCAGUAUCCCGCAUUCGUUUGCCGUAUUGAUGUCCAACAGUGGUAUCCGUCUGUUAGCAGGUCUCCGUGACGGAAAAAUCGCCGCAUUUCGCUGGACAUGGCAGGAAGGCCGGCCCCCAAUAUUGACUUCCCCGGAUAUGCUCCGAGUUGGUUUCUUUCCUGUAGAACUUGUGUCGCAUCCCCAGGAAGACCAUGUAAUCGCUUUUACGGACAGAGCGUGGAAAGUAUUCUUAUCGGGCAAUGAAAUAGGAAUGACAGGAAUAUCAUUUCCUCGUGUUCUGCAUGCCACGCCCUUCGCGUACGCAGGAGUAUCAGACGGAUACAUGGUUAUUGCCAAGCAAACUAUGCAUUUUAUUGAGCUGGAUGAGGAUAAGCGAGCCAAUAUGCGAUCACUCAACAUUGGAGAGGCACCGCGGCGGAUUUUGUUCGAUGCCGUGACCCGCAAGGUUUUGGUUGCUACAACUGUCCGCCAUGGAGGGGAGGUUGGGUCAGAGUUGCGGGUUAUGGAUCCCAUGAGUGGAAGAUGCUACCUCAAAGAGUCUUUGCAAACAGACGAGAAAAUUUAUGCGUUGAAGGUUUGGAAUGUCAAGGAGGGCAAGCGUUACAUUUGCGUCGGAACAUGGGGAUACCGGGCCACAACAAGUUCCGAAGCGCAAGGGAGAGUUCUUGUAUAUAAUCUGAAAGCAUAUGAGAAAAGAGAAAAGCCAGCUUGUCCACAGGAAUCGAGAAAGCCGGUGAUGUACAAAAUGAAACAGUUGGGAGAGAUGAUUUUGGAUGGGCCUGUACAGUCGAUUUGUCCAUUUCUUGGCAGCUAUUUAUUGGCUGCUGCUGGGGACACUUUCUAUCAGCUGAAGAUUGAUGCGCAUACUCGCAAACUAGUCAUCCGAGCUCAAUUACCCCUCAGAUGGCCGAUACAAUGUAUAGACGUCCAUGGCACAAGGGUUAUAGUGGGUGGACAGAAGGAGUCGGUAUCUUUCUAUAGCUAUAAUGUCCAGACGAAGACAUUUGAGUUUCUGAAAAGCGACCGAUAUGGGCGACCAACUGCUGCCUGCCUUGCGAUUGAUGACACCACGGCGGUUGCGACGGACAAGUGUGGAAAUAUUGUGGGAUUUUCCGCUGGCGACUACACCGGCUUGGAACGAACGUUAGAUACCACUUUUUCGUUUCACUUGGGCGAAGCCGUGAUGCGGUUGCAACUCGGUUCCAUCGUGCAACAGGCAAUAACAGAAGAAGACCCCAACCGUACAAAGGACGAGAAAUCAACGUUGUCGCAUUGGUACAGCUCGGAAGGAUUCCUCCGCGGGGGCUGGGGUCCACCAGCAGACUCGGUCGCAGCCAUUGCAACAUCGUCUGAGGCAGGACAUACAGGUGGAGAUCGCAGGAAGCACAUGGAUGGAUUUGCGGGACCCAGAGUCAUCUACGGGUGUUCACUGUUGGGUAGUUUAUUCGCCAUUUUGAAGAUAACCGCGGAGCUGUACGAGCGGCUUAUAGUUUUACAGGAAGUUAUGGCGGUGCAUGAAAAAACACGGCCUUUAUUGGGAAACGACCACGCUAGGUAUCGCUCUGAAAGUCUCCAGAUUAAAUUUCGUGGUAGUAUCGACGGCGAACUCCUCUCCCAAUUUCCAUCUCUGGAUGCGGAGACGAAGACGGACAUUGUUAAACAGUGGAAUGACGGGUGGACGGUAGUACGGCCGCUGGCUGCCGAGCUACGUGGCAAUGUCACGGUCGAGGAUCUAGCUCGGCUCAUCAAAAUGCUCGAUGAGCAAUGUUUUUAGUUGUUUUUUUUGAUAGUUAUUUUUGUAGUGACAUCCUGGAACUGAUUGAAAUUACGGUGUGUGCAUUUGCACCAGCCUAUUGCCAUUCUCAAAUUGUCUCAUUAUUCUGUAUACAAGAGGUACAACGCUUCAACUAUGUUACAAUAAAGGCCAGUCCGCAAAUCCUUGGGAAAGCAAAUGAUAUCCUGACUUGGCCCCCCAAACUCUGAU